AUGGUUAUGGCUGCUGAAAUUGAUGUCUCAUUGAGCGUUCGUGUCUUCGAGGAGUUGACGUCCGUCAGCUCGUUAGACGACGGGCUUCUGUUGAUAAAGAUGCGUCCCAGCUACAAUGUGAUAGGAAGGCAUCCUAACAAGAUGCCGGAUUGGCAGAGAUCUUAUUUCUUUGUUAAAUGUGAUGACUCUGCCUUCGAAGACCCGCCAGAUGACGACUACCGUGUCUUAUGGACCACUUUGCGUGCCGACCAUCCGACUUCUCGUGACUAUCCAGAAGACUUUCUUACAAGCGCUCGCGCCGUUGCGGGACUUGCUCAGGAGCAUUGGGAAAAUAUUUCUUGGGAGAGGGUUCACCGUUCGAUCGAUCGUAUUUCCAGGAAAGAUUGGAAUUCGAGUUAUCCUCUUUCUGCCAACAAGACUAAGAGGCGGAUCUCGCUAUUCACAAAGGAGGAGGAUAAGAGAAUCAACAAGGCAAGGAAAAUGAGAGGGCUUCCAGAUCUGAGUGCGAUGAUGACGGUCGAACUUAAUCUGCCGAGUGUCGAACUACCUGCACCUUCUAACGAGAUGGUGAUUGCCGGCACCACCGACGCGAGCCCUCAUCAUCAAGAUUCCUCGGCCGGCACCACUACUUUGGCUCUUAAGAAGAAAAAGGGGGAGAAGAGACCCCGUGACGACCUUCCUGUCAGCGUAGGUUCUGAAGCAGCUCCUGUUGAAGCUGAGAUUCCUAGUCAGGAGGAGACGGCUGAACCGUCAUCAAAAAAGAGGAAGGAAGGCAAUCAACAGCCUCAAGCUGCAGGGAUCGUGAGGCCGCGAGAGACUGAUGUCGCCAAUCCCGUGCAUCGGAGUGAAUCAGCUGGUGAGCCGGCUCUCAACUUAGCCUCAUUGGAUGAUCUUGAAGACGCCUCUCCCGGAGUUACGCUGCGGAAGAAGAAGAAAUCCAAAAAGACGGGUGAUCGAGAGAUGGUUGUUAGUGCCCUAGCUUCGUCGACCCCUGGAACAUCAGCCGUCGGUGCUUCGACUCGGAAGAAGACUCUGAGGGUCGAGUUUCCUGAUCACGUGUCGUUCGAGUACGAUGGUCCCACCCCGCUUAUUUAUGCUCCUUAUAAAUGUGCUGAGUUGGUCAGCCAGAUCAAAUGCGGGCCGAAGCCUCUUCCAUCCGUCUCUGAUUUGAUCUUUAAGGAUGAGUACGUCGACGCUGCUCGCACUAAAUUACUGGGCGACGGGAGCAUGAAUUUCGUUGUUGGAAAAUACGACACAGCCUUGAAGAAGACUCGCGAAGCUUUGAGAAAGUCGGAGAAAGCAGUGGCGGCUAAGCGUAAGCUUCUCCGCCAGAAGAAAGCGGAAUGGAGGGAGUUGGGGGUCAAAGCCGAAGAACAUAAGAAAGAGCUGGGUCGGCUUAGGGAUUCGCGUGUCUAUGAGGUUACGAAGGAGAGGAUGAGGGUUGAGACCGAGAUGAUCGCGAAAUCCAACAGGCACUUCGGAAAUCUGCGCGAAUGGUGGACUCGCCGCGCCCCUUUCGACACAGCACGGUUGCUUCAGAGCCAGGCGUUUGGAACUAAGAGAUGCCUUGAGGCUUUAAAGGCUGGUGGUCGUGACAUCCCUCAAGAUGUCAUUGAUACGUUCACGGCCCGCGAGAAGCAGUUCGAGGAAAAAGCCUCGAAACUUGAUCCCGGCGAGAUCCCGGAGAUUGACUUGACUCUUUCUCCACUUCAGCUUGAUUCUCAGUUCGUUGAUAUGCGAACUUUUGUGGGCCUUGACCCAUAUGGAUCCAACGCAGAGCUGGUUGAUCCGAGGACUGCUGUGGUUCUCCGAAGCCCCGCUAAUCUUCCCGGAGCCUCGAUCGCUCCAUCUCGUUCCGCAGGGGAAGGAUCGUCGAAAGCCGAUGCGCCGGCCCUCGCUUCUGAGGCUCUUGAUGAGGGAACGAAGUCCGUCGGGAAGGAUGUCUUUGAGAUCUCCGACUCUUCUGUUUCGAACCCAGAGGGUAAUCAGGGUGAAGGGUCGGAUAAAGAUGAUGGCGGUGAGGCGGUUAAUAAGGAGCAUAGUAAAGAGACGACUGGUUCCGAAGCUCACCCUCCCGAAAGUCAGCCGGAGGUUCGUGAAGGCGAGGCGACGAUUCGUGUUGAGGGCGUCGAUGCGGAGCGGUCGGUGCGUGCUGAUCCUUCGGAGCCGUCCCUUGGUGGUGGAACCGCUGCGCAGGAGCGGGCUGAAGACCCCGAGGAGUAA